AUGAAUUUUAUCGUUUUGUUGAGUUUAACGCUGGGAUUCACUGUCAUCUAUGCUGCUCUUAACUCAAGGCGUAGAAAGUCACAGCGGCUGCCCCCGGGGCCCGCGCCGAUGCCUAUCGUGGGCAACGUAAAGGAUCUUCCACCCAGUGGCAAACAGGACUGGGUACACUGGUUGAAGCACAAAUGUACCUACGGCCCAAUUAGCUCGAUCACAGUAUUGGGACAAACUAUCGUGAUCGUAAACAACUCGAAAAUCGCACUGGACUUGCUGACAAAACGUUCAUCUAUUUAUUCGUCGCGUCCCAGAAUGACCUUCGCGUCUGAAAUGGUGGGAUGGGAAAAUGGACUUGCAUUCCAAGGUAUACGCCCCUGCAAGAAGUGGAAACCCGCCGAUUUCUUUUCCGCGUGCUGCAAGAUCCUACAAAUCUUUUGCAGCAUGUCCAAACGUGUGUUUCAUCCCGAGUCCAAACUUUUAUACGACCGGAGCCCUGACACAGAUCACAGUGAGGCCGGAGCCGUGAUUCUUAAUAUCGCCUACGGCUACAGAGUGGAGCCUUUUGGUCGAGACCACUUGGUCCAUAUCACCAACGAGGCCCUCGAUGAAUUUGGCAAAGCUACGGUACCUGGUGCCUGGCUUGUGGAUAUCAUCCCCGCAUUGAAAUAUGUUCCCAGCUGGUUCCCAGGAGCUGGUUUCAAGCGGACUGCCAAGCUUUGGAGGGAGCAUCUUGUCGGUAUUGCCGACAGACCCUAUGAAUUUGUGAAGCAACAAAUCGAGAGUGGAAAGUACACGCCGUCCUAUCUUGGUGAUAUGCUUAAGGACGGUUUCCCUGAACCGGGGUCGGAGAAGGAACUGGUCGCGAAAUGGACCUCGGCCUCGCUCUAUACUGGUGGCGCAGACACUACCGUCUCUUCUAUCAACUGCUUCUUCCUCGCCAUGGCUUUAUUCCCAGACGUCCAGCGUAAGGCACAAGAGGAAAUUGAGCGUGUGGUCGGACAGAAUCGCCUUCCAAAUGUGACGGAUCGUGCAAACCUCCCUUAUAUCAACGCCGUGGUGAAGGAGGUUCUCCGCUGGCAUCCUGUCGCCCCAAUGGGUCUUCCGCAUAUGUCGAGCGUCGAUGAUAACUACGAUAACUACUUUAUUCCGAAGGAUUCUAUCAUUUUACCCAACAUCUGGGCUAUGAUGCACGAUCCUGAUGUCUACCCGGACCCCAUGGAAUUCCAGCCCGACCGUUUCCUCGGCGAAUAUCCCGCGCCAGACCCCAAAGUCAUUGCCUUUGGAUUCGGACGUCGCGUUUGUCCUGGUCGUUUCUUGGCCGAUAAAACGGUAUUCCUGACUGUGGCCCAAUCUCUUGCGGUUUUCGAUAUCAGCAAGCCUGUACAAAGUGGUGUGGGUGUCACGACACCGCACUUCGAUCCUGGCGUUAUCAGCCACCCUUCCCCUUUCCAGUGUGAGAUCAAACCUCGCACUCCAGAACUUGAGGCUCUCAUUCUGACGGGUAGCUUGUUUAGCAGCGUCUGGACCUUGGAUGAAACCUCGCUGGUUGUGGAUGGAGAAUGGGGAGACUGUACGCUUCUUUUCCCAUUUGCUGUCUAUGAGGCAAAAAAGAACCAGUCAUCGGAGAUCACUGUGAGAAUGCAACUGAAGCUAGCAUUCAAUGCUUAUCCCCAGAUGCUGGAUAAACUAGUUCGACAACCUGGAAAGAUGGACGAGUAUCAUUCUCCUUCAUCGGCCGCAUUUCCUAUUUUCGGAUUUACAUUUAGUGGAAGUACCUGGCGAAUAAAUGUGGGUUAUCUGCCAAAUUACGUCACGGAUGACUCCGAGGACGAUCCAUUGUUCGACGAAGAUAGUGUGGGUACUGAAUCUACUCUUCUGCAAAGAACCAAUUCAGCUGAUAAUCCGCCUCUAGCAUAUGAAACUGAUCUUGUGGGGCAAUUUUUCCUGUCGCCGGGAUGCUGGGGAGCUUCUAGCUAUGGUAGACCAAAUCUAUGA